AUGCGUGCACCCCAGAAGCUCAAUUAUAACAUGUACUCUGUGGAAAUGGAACUGUUCACAGUAGAGAAUAACACACUUCUCUAUCAAAAUAGCAAUAAACAGGAGGAUGGUCGACUGCGUCCAGAGCCAUUUCUGCCCAUCUACAUCACAGUCUACGUGACCAUCAUCAAUAUCAUCAUCUUCGUUGUGGGCAUUGUUGGGAAUGUUCUAGUGAUCGCUGUGGUUGCCAGGGUCAAGGAUAUGAGAACUUCUAUGAACUUGUACUUGGUGAACCUGAGUGUGGCUGACCUUCUAGUGCUGUUUAUUUGUCAACCUACGGCUAUGCUGGAGCUCUUCGCCAAGGAGCGCUGGUUUCUGGGAGAUAUCGUUUGCAAGCUUAUCCCUGCUCUGGAGCAUACGACAAUGCAUGCAUCAACACUCACUAUCGUUGUUAUCACUUUUGAGAGAUAUCACGCCAUCUGCAGGCCGCUGGAUGUGUUCCUACGUUUUGCAAUAACUACGUCACUUCCAUUUGUAGCAAUGACUAAUUUGGAAAAAGCAAAAUUCUAUGAUGAUCAUGUUUGGCACUACUGUUUUCUUCUCGCUGCUACAACAAUUUUCUUUAUAUUUCCUCUCCUGCUCCUGACCAUACUGUACGCUAACAUCAUCGGCAAGUUGUACCAAAGCGAUUUAGCAAAUGGUAGAAUCAGAUGUGGGGUAAAAGAAUCCACAGGAUACAGUCUCAGAUCUCGCAGACAGGUCAUCCGCAUGCUGAUCACCCUGGUGAUCCUCUUCUUCCUCUCCCUGGCCCCUUUGAGAGUAGUCGUCGUGUGGCAAAUCUUCAGUCCUCCAGACAGCAUCCAUCGUUUUGGGAUCGAAAACUACUACAACGUCCUAUGGCUGUGCCGACUACUGAUAUAUAUGAACUCAGCGGGAAACCCUUUAAUAUAUUCACUGCUCUCCAGCAAAUUCAAGAUCGCUUUCUCAUUCCUGCUGCGAUGCCAGACUCGCAUGUUGGACCGCCGAAGCAGACAAAGACCGCAUUUACAUAACCUGAGACAGCUGUACAGACGUUCGACAGAGAUUGAUGCAUUCACUAAACAGCAGCUGAACAUAAACCUUUCCAGUUUUUCCAAACGCAAAUCAUCGGUUUUUCACCAAUGUUCCUACCCCGAGAUUUGUAAUUUCCAAGCUGAGCACUCUUGUC